AAGAUGGCUGGGCGAAAACUUACUCUGAAAGCCAUUGACUGGGUAGCUUUUGGGGAGAUCAUACCCCGAAACCAGAAGGCUAUUGCCAACUCCCUGAAAUCCUGGAAUGAGAUUCUCACCACCAGGUUGGCUGCUGUCCCCGAGGCACCUCCAGCUAUCGACUGGGCUUACUACAAGGCCAACGUGGCCAAGGCAGGCUUAGUGGACGACUUUGAGAAGAAGUUUAACGCCCUGAAGGUUCCCGUGCCAGAGGAUAAGUAUACAGCCCUGGUAGAUGCCGAAGAAAAAGAAGACAUGAAGAAUUGUGCGGAGUUUGUGUCUCUCUCCAAGAGCAGGAUUGAGGAGUACGAGAAGCAGCUGGAGAAGUUGAGGAACAUCAUUCCGUUCGAGCAGAUGACCAUUGAGGACUUGAAUGAAGCUUUCCCGGAAACCAAGUUAGACAAGACCAAGUAUCCCUACUGGCCUCACCAGCCAAUUGAAAACUUAUAA